CAGAAGGAGGAGCAGGAGCAGAGCAGCAGGCAGCAGGGAGUGUCCCAGAAACCGGUAUCCAGGACCAGGGACCCCUGAGGCCUCCCCAUCAGCCAGCCAUGCGGACCUGGCCCUCUGCGUCCCCCAGAYGCAUCCCCCAGCCCUGCGUUCCCAGCAUGCUCGGGGUCCUCCUGCUGCUGGUCGCCUCCCUGAGUGCUCAGAACUCAAGCUGGGACAGCCCCUCUUGUACAGAGGGCGUGGUGUCCGUGCCCAGGGGCCAGCGGGCAGUGAUGGCCUGCAACAUCUCCAACGCCUUCUCCGGCAUCUCCAUCUGGCUGCGUGCCCACGGAAAGACCGUGACCAUCUUCAAGGAGCGGCCCCCGGGACUCUUCUCCAAGGAUGGCUGGACACUCCAUGUGCACGGAGGCCAGGCCCAGCUGGUGAUCACAGCCGCCCAGGACAUCCACGCGGGACAAUACGAGUGGCAUCUGCGAGGGCUCCAGAGAACCAACAGAGCCACGUAUCUGAACGUCUCAGAGUCUCAAGACCAGGAGGAGGCAGCAGGCCUGAGGCCGUCCACACCGCCCUGGGGCACUGCCAGCCAGGUCCCAGGCUCUGAGAGGCUGCAAGCCAGGUCCCAGGCCACGCCCCAGUCCAUGGUGGGGGCGCUGGUUGCUGUCCUUCUCUUGAUCCUGGCGGUAGGCUCCCUUGGCUGGUGUUGGCGCCGGCGUUCUCUGAAGUUGGUGCAGCUGCAGAGGUUCUGA